AUGAGUUCCAAGGUUCUACCUAAGAAGAAUGAAGAGUACAGUUCCAAAGAAUACUGGAACCAGAGAUAUGCCCAGGAGGAAGAAGAAAGCAGCUUCGACUGGUUUAAAACAUAUGCCGAUAUUGUCGAUAUCAUCCACGAGCUGAUCCCUGAAAAAUCCUCGAGGAUCUUGAUGUUGGGAUGUGGAAACUCGAAGCUCUCGGAAGAGAUGUACGAUGACGGAUACGAGAAUAUUGUCAACACCGACUACUCCGAUGUUCUCAUUGAACAAAUGCGGACGAGGCAUUCAGAAACGAGACCAAAAAUGGAAUGGCACGAGAUGGAUGUCCGAGACCUGAAGUUUGAAGACGGAAGCUUCGAUGUCGCCAUCGACAAAGGAACCAUGGAUAGUAUGAUGACCGCUAAAGGAGAUGUUUGGGAUCCACCGCAGAAGGUCAUUGACGAUUGUACGAAGGAAGCGAAGGAGGCGCUGCGAGUAUUGCGAAAGGGAGGGACUUUCAUCUACCUUACCUUUGGUCAACCACAUUUCCGCCAGCGCUACUUGAUCCACGAGAAUACCACUCUCGAAGUUCGGGCGUUGGGCGAAGCUUUCCACUAUUACCUCUAUAUCGUCCGCAAGCAAUCUUAG